UACCACUUCGAAAAAUACACAAUUCGGAAUUGGCACAGUAUCAUCUCGUGUCAUUCGAGUUCGAAAGUAUACACAAUUUUUGUGUGAAAAAGUGAAACCAAAACAAAGUUUUUGCGAUGAAAGAUAUAGAGGUAUUUAAGCGUUUUCUAAAUGAAGCUAAAUACUUUCGUGACUUUCAAUACACUGCCAAUGGGCGUAAGUCUAAAGGUGGUGUUAAAAUCAGGCGUAAGCGCUUCAAUCCAUUGGAGGAACUAAAUGAAGUUGAAUUCAGGCGGAAAUACCGCUACACUAAGGAAAAUAUGCGACGCAUAAUAGAAAUGCUACGAGAUGACUUGGAGGUGGAGUUGUUCGAGCCAAUGAAAAGAAACCAGGUGCCCAUUGAUCUACAGAUACUAGCAGCCAUACGCUAUUUUGGCGGUACAGAGCAUAAUCAAUUAACGGCUAUGGCACAUGGAGUGAGUUUACACACAUUAUUCAAAAUUACACGACGAGUAGCGUCUGCUUUAUCCUCAAAGGCAUCUCGAUAUAUACGCAUGCCAGCUACUUUAUCGGAUAAAGAACGUAUUAUGCGCUCUUUUAAAGUAUUAUCCAACAUGCCACAAGUUAUAGGAGCUAUAGUGCAAACAAGUGUUUGCCUGGAUGGUAGUGAAUCCCCACCAGCACAGGAGGAGCAGCUGCAUCUACAGGUGGUUUCAGAUGCUGAAUAUAAAAUAAGAGACUUAGACAUACAUUUGUCUGAUGAACUCGAACAACAUACCGCACCAGAGCUCUUCUCGCUUUCAAGAAUCAAAGAGCGCUUCGAGCAAAAUGAAUUUCGUGGACGUAUCAUAUUGGGUAAUGAUACGCUGGCCUGUUCUUCCAGUUUAUUUACGCCCGUGCGUUGCCCCAAAAACAAAUCUGAAGAGCUUUAUAAUCACGCCCAUGUAACAACCUUUGAACCGGCUAACAGAUGCAUUAAUAUGUUGAUGCGACGCUUUGGUAUUCUUCAGAGUGGACUUCAGGGACCAUUUGGUUUUGCAAAGCAAACAAUAACAGCUCUGGCUUUGUUACACAAUAUGGCGAUGGACUGGAGUGAUCAAAGCAUAGUUGCUGAAGGGUAUUUAUCCUCAUUUAUGCCUCACAGCUUAAACUCUGGUGCUGCGCCAACAACGUCAGAGGAACCACGAAACAGAAAAGAUUUUAUCAAAACUCACUUUUCUGGCUCUUAAAGGAUAAGGCCGUGGUUCUAUGCAUGCACAAUAUUAUUUAUACAAUAAACAAUUUAAAU